AAAAAAUUUACUUUCAUGCGCAGUUUACUAGCCUUUGGUAUAGUCUGGGUAAUUACCUUCUAACUGAAAAAAAAGCCCACAAAAUCACGCUGAAAAUUCUUAGAGAUUAUGAAAAUGGAAUUUCUUUUCCUUGGUAUCCCACUUGAAAAUUGUCAUGUUUCAGUACCUCUUCUAGUCUUUUCCUGAAACUGAGCACUGUGGUCACAUUAUAAACCACUGCAUGCCCAUAUGUGUACCUGAGACUAGGAAGGUCCAAGAAGCUCAUGAUACCAAAAUGCUUUUGAGUGUUUUCAGUGGUUUUGGUAGUAACAUCAAUGUGUGCCACAUCUGACUUAGGGCAGCUGGGAGUGCAUUCUGUUGCAGUGUGUAUUUCCUAGUUCAAGAUAUGCUUAUGGUGCUUUUUUAAAUUUGAUUUUGAUCUAAACACAAAGUAUACUUUAUAUUGCAUUUCCCUGGCACAGACUGUGCAGCAGACAGUAUUUAAUUUCCUGCCUGGUACAAAAAAGUAAUAAGUUUGAUAUCAAAAAUGUAUUUUGUGUAUGCCUGUCAGGUCACGUCCUUUCACUUAAAAAGCAAUAUAACUACUUUUGUUGUUAAAUAGAUCUUCUUUUCUGCUGAAUAUGUUAUUCAGGAUCCAAAGCACCCUGGCCUGUAACCUGAUCUUCCUUUGUAGCUGCAGGGGCCCUUGCAAAGCUAACACGAGGACUGAAAGAUGAAUCAAUGGCCUAUAUCUACCAUUGCCAAAACCAUUAUUUUUGCCCAAUUGGUUUUGAAGCAACCCCAGUAAAAGCUAGUAAAGCCUAUAGGUUGCUGGAUUUGGACUCGGGAGACCUGGGUUCAGUUCCUAGUUCAACCACAGACUUCCAGUGUGACUUUAGAGGCCGUGUCUUGCAGCAGGAAGUAGAGUAUUGGAUCUUAAUUGGAGAGCCCAGCAGAAAGCAUCCAACAAUACACUGUAAAAGGUGGACAGAUAUUGUCACUGACCUAAACACUCAAAAUCCAGAAUAUCUAGAUAUUCGACACCUAGAGAGAGGAUUACAACAUCGAAAAACUAAGAAGGUUGGAGGAAAUCUUCACUGCAUCAUUGCCUUUCAGAGACUUAACUGGCAAAGGUUUGGUCCUUGGAAUUUUCCAUUUGGAAAUGUUAGACAGAAUAAACAAUCCCAAACACAAGGACAAGGAAUUUCCAAAUCUGAGAGUGAAGACAAUAUAUCUAAAAAACAACACGGACGACUGGGUCGAUCUUUUAGUGCUAGCUUUCAUCAAGAUUCUAUGUGGAAGAAAUCUAAUCUUCGGGAGAGGAGGAACAGUGGGUAUCAGAGUUAUAAUGAUUAUGAUGGAAAUGAUUAAAAUUAACUUUAGAUGAUAGAGUUGAUAUAUUAAAGUUAGUUUUAAUCAAAACAUAUUAGGGAUUUAUUAGUCCUAGAACACAUAAGAAUAGAAAUUAUGGUAUAAGAUACAGCUUCAUUAUUAUUAAAUAAAUAUGUUGAUAUGGUUGCAAUAGAUGAUGUCUGAUGUAUAAAGUGACAGAUAAGCACAGAUUGUUGUAAUUUUGCAAUCAAAGGUGAAUAUGAUAGCAAAAUUGAUAAUUUCUUUUGAAAUAAUUGUACUAUGUCCUGAUCUGUGGAAACAAAAGAGCAGGUUGAAAUCACUCAAUGUAAUAAGCAGACUUUAUUGAAAAUAUUUAUUGUUCAAAAGCAUGAAAACUUAUGGUAUGACUUUAUAAAAAAGGGUUAUUCUGCAAAUGGUGUAAGGAUAAAAAUAAACAUUGCCUUUGUUUUUAGCACUUCAUUUUAGUAAGGCUGCCCAUAUCCAGUGCAAAUAUAAAAAAAGAUCACAUAGGUUAGAAAACCUUACUGGAUUUACAAAGAGAAUGUACACAUUCUCCAUUUAAUUCCCAUUAGACUUCUGUGAGUCAGAUAAUCAUAUCUUGUCAAGCAGGUCUCAGUUUCUUUUCCCUUAUCUGGUUGCCUUUUUUUGACUGAGGAAUUGUCUAUUCGAGGAUGGAACUUCUGUUACUUUUGCUUGUGGGUAAAGUGGCUGAAUUCUUACCCUGGAGCCUCCUGAGAGCACAGACUCACUUAACACAAGCUUAUGAAAUUCAGUAUUAAAAGCUGCAUUUACCAUUAGCCAAAUGAGCUAGCUGGACACUGUGUUCUGUUGGCAGUUAUUUUCCUUGCUCAGUCUUAAAAUCUCUGCCCUUUUUCUGCUGCUCUUUUCAUUUUGUGUGAAGGGGAUGCAAGUGCUGAAAACUGCUGGCAGCCCCGAUGAUAUACCUCUCAGCCAGCACACAAAUCAAGCUUUUUCAGGUGUCCCAGGUGAAGUCCUUCUUUUUUUUUUUUUUUUUCCUUUUUCUUUCCCUGAUAAAGCCAGUUGUUUGCCCAAACACAUCUCAACAGUUGUAUUGUUCUGUGUACAAAUGUUCAUACCUGCUCUAGGAUUAAUUUUUUGACAUAAAAAGAUUUGUCAUGGAAUGCAGGGGUUUUGUAGGUUGCUGCUUUUGUUAACCAAAAAUGGGAGACUUUUAGACUUUUGUUCAUUCAAUAAAAUUGGUUUUCUAUCUU